GUAUUACCGGCGCGACGCAUGUCGUCAGUAGGGGUAUAACGAUUAUAGCGCUGAUCUAAAUAUGGUAGCAAGUCGAGGUUAUAGUAGCAGAUCACAACCCUCAUGAUCAUUCAACCGAGCGCCUUUUCUACACUAAAGCAAUUACCAUGGACCGUGAGCUUGUUGAGUUGUUUACAGAGCCAGGGAAGGGGAAAGGCGUGAGGGCCCGGACGGUCGGGAGAGGGAUUCGUCAGGGAAGUCUCAUCAUCGCAGAGGACCCCUAUAUAUUUAGCCUGGAAGUGGAAGAGUCAAAGCGGCGAUGCCAUUCUUGUUUACAAAAGAAGACGGUGCCGCUUGUCUGCUAUGGAUGUAAAUACGCCAGAUACUGCAGCGAGACAUGUCAGGAGCGCGAUCAGGAACACCAUAGGAUGGAGUGUGACGUCAUUAACGUCUCGUCGGGACUGGCUGCAAACCUAAAAAUGGCCGUAGCCAUACUGUGCAAGAUGCAUCACCUGCCAGUGGAACGAGGUCAGCUGAGUUCCAUUUCUAACCUGAUGUCCCAUGUGGACGACAUCAAAAGACAGAGAGCCGGUGGUCUGACAGCUAUGCUCUCCACUCUUCGAACAACUCUUAAGUUUCACCCGGAAUAUCUUAUUGACCAAGAAGCUCUGGAGGCGGUUGUUGGAAAGGUCAUGUGUAACAGCUUCGCCAUCCUUGAUGAUGACCACCAGCAGAUCGGGACAGCGAUGUACGCUCAGGCGUCCAUGAUAAACCACAGCUGCAGUCCGAACUGUGUCCCUGUCUUCAGAGGAAGCAGAGUUGAAAUCAGAGCUGCCAGGGUCAUCUUACCGGGUGAGGAGGCUACGAUCUCGUACACCGACACAUUGACCCCAACACAAGAAAGGAAAGACCACCUAUCAUUUAACUACUUCUUCUCCUGUCAGUGUGAGGCCUGCAACGACAAGGAAAGAGAUUCGAAGAUGGAGUGUUUGAAAUGUCCUCGAUGCAGCCGCCAGAUUCCCAAAACCUCCGGUAAGUAUAGCCUUCUGGCAUGA